CCAUUGCCCAUGAUGCAAUAUGGUAAAUCAAUGUUUUCUGCGUUUCGUCGAACAUACACUGUGCAAGGUCUCCUAAAGUUUCAGAGAUUUGCCUCAUUUUUCACCCCCUACGAUGUUCUCCACUAGUGGAGUUACGCCACAGUUAGGAGGGGUUGUUUUAGGGCUUGGCUCAGCUUUGAGCAAUGCCAAGAGUGCAGCUGCUGCCAGGUGUAUGACGUACGUACAGAAAAGAAACUGGAGAGUACCAAAAACAGAUGAAGGCGCAACGACAACAACAGAGAAGACACCCGAUAAUGUUGCUAGCAGCACAGAGACAUCUCAUGCAUGGCUGUUUGAGGAGCUUGGGUUGAGAAACUUACCAAAAGACUGGGAGAAGGCAAUAGAGGGCCCCCUAUCCCUUCAUCCACAGUCCAUGAAGAGUACAUCGCCUUGGUCUGUCUCUUAUGUUUCCUGUGAUUCUUUCCUUGCCAACAAACAGGGUUUCUCACAUCCAUCAUCUCAUAACCACCGGCUUCACUCACUAUUCUCAAGACUUACUUGGCACAACAUCCCCACCAAAUUGGGAGUCAGACACAUUCACUCUGCUGCAUCCGUGAAGAGACUCCAGAUGCUGGAGGAAAGAGCAAACAGCGAGGAGGACAAUCCCAAGGCUCAGGCUGAAUACCUCAGGGUGAUGGUGUCAGAGGACCCAGAUUACGUGAUCAGGAGAUAUGAGAGUGGCCGGUAUGCCUCAGACGAGUCUGUUAGAAAGGAAUACCUGAAAGCAUUAGUACUGGCAGAUAGAGUCAAUUCCUCUGAACUAGAAAAGUUGAACCCAUACAGUAGUAGUUUUGCAAUUCCCAAAGAAACCCCUUACAGCUCACGCAAGUCUUUCCCUGAUAAUGGCACAGAGGACAAACCUGUACAUGUGGUAAUUCAGUCUCAAAAAGGAGCAUUUUUCAAGGAACAGCUUUGGAACACCAUCCGUUUCUUGAUUGGCUUGUUCUUGAUCCUUUCAGUUAUUGAAGCUCAGUUACAAAUGAAAAUGACGACGAACCAGAAGGAAAUCCUGCCCGACACUGUUGACAGAAAGUUUAGGUUUGAAGAUGUGCAAGGGGUUGAUGAGGCUAAAGAGGAACUGCAAGAAGUUGUAGAGUUUCUAAGAAAUCCAGAGAAGUUCAAGAGACUUGGAGGAAAACUUCCCACAGGGGUGCUAUUGAUCGGGUCUCCUGGCACGGGGAAGACCCUGCUAGCCAAAGCUGUGGCUGGCGAGGCAGGGGUCCCGUUCUUUUUCUGCUCAGGCUCAGAGUUUGAUGAGAUGUUUGUUGGUGUUGGAGCAGCUCGAGUCAGAAACCUAUUUGCGGCUGCCAAGGAGCAUGCACCCUGCAUAGUGUUCGUGGAUGAGUUGGACGCAAUUGGGGGCUCCCGUGUUGUACAUGACCAUCAGCCCUACUCUAGAAUGACGCUUAACCAACUCCUGGUGGAACUUGAUGGAUUUGAAAAGUCAGAAGGAAUUGUUGUCAUAGGAGCCACCAACUUUCCUGAGGUCUUAGACAAGGCAUUAGUGCGGCCUGGGAGGUUUGAUACCAAGAUCAACGUCCCAAUGCCUGAUGUUAGGGCAAGGCUCAAUAUCCUUAAAGUUCACCUGAAAAAUGUCACAAUCUCAAAUGAAGUGGAUAUUGAGGUAUUAGCAAGAGGAACGUCUGGCUUCUCAGGGGCAGACUUGGCUAAUCUUGUCAAUCAAGCUGCACUCAAAGCUGCUACAUCUGGGGAUUCAAGUGUCAUGAACAAGCACUUGGAGUAUGCUAAGGACAAAAUCAUUAUGGGGCCUGAGCGUAAGAGCGCUGUGAUAAAUAGUGAAAACAGAAAAAUAGUGGCCUACCACGAAGGAGGACACGCUCUUGUUGCGUUCUAUACUGAAGGCUCCCUUCCACUACACAAAGCCACUAUCAUGCCUCGUGGACAGGCUCUUGGAAUGGUUUCUCAGUUACCAGAGAAAGACGAACUACAGUGGACCAAGAAACAGCUCCUUGCUCGUAUAGAUGUCAGUAUGGCUGGCAGGGUUGCUGAGGAAAUCAUCUUUGGCAAAGAAAAUAUUACAACUGGGGCAUCAUCAGACUUCCAGGCCGCAACAAACCUGGCCAAAGCAAUGGUAACAACCUAUGGCAUGAGUGAGAAGGUUGGCACUGUGCAGGUAAAGGAAGAUGAGACUCUAAGCCCAGACACAAGACUACUUAUUGAAAAUGAAGUCAAGCAUUUACUAGCGGAGGCAUAUGAGCGAGCAAAAAAUAUUCUACAAUCACAAGCGAAAGAGCACAAGCGCCUGGCUGAAGCAUUACUGAAGUAUGAGACACUGAAUGCAGAGGAGAUUGGACGAGUUAUUAGAGGGGAGCCGAUUAAUAGAGACCUAUGACACUGAAUUGAUUAGAGGAAUCUGUACCAACAACUUUUGAGCCAUAGAAAGAAUGGCCUUAGAUUUAAGGACUCUAUUUUAUGUUACCUGACACGGACAGAUAAUGUAAGAAUACUGUAACUCGAACAUUGGCUUAACAACUCAAUCGAUGUAGGAAGUAAAUAGUCUAACAUGUUGCCUCCAUGCAAGCCAACAACAGUAAGGGCAAAGAGAAGAUAGAAAAAAACUAUGUUAGUUCUAACUUAAUUAUUUUUUGAUCAGAAAAAUUAUUGAAUGGCUGAAAAACACAUAGUAAACCUGAUCAUCCAUAGCCAUAGCAGGCCUUGAAUGAUUGGGAGGGGGGGCAUGAUACAGAAACAAUAAGAAAACAAUGUGGGGCACAGCCACACCCCUACUUGUCAUUUCCUUUUUUUUUUUAAAUAUUUUGGGGGGCUCGUGCCCAUAGUGCCACACCCCCUGCUACACACCUGUAUCAGUGUGUAAUUCCAAGAAAACCUUUGUUUUGUUGAAAUUAUGCACUCAAAAAUGUCAUCAAGCUCAGAGCCCUAGCUAGCACAGUGGCCCCAGUUGCCACCCCCCCCCCCCCCCCCCACCACCACCACCACCACCACCACCACUACCAACCCCCAGGAGAGCAAGGAUUUUAUUCAAAAAAUGCGCAUAAGAUAAAAAAUAGUGCCUGCAUUCCUCCAAUUGCAAGAGCUAAGGCCCUGAAAUAUGUUCCCAAAAUAUUGUAACACAUACACAUCUGUUUUCAAAUUGCUUGAUUGAUCUGGAAUCCACAACCAGCCAUUCAUAAGCAAGGGAAACUGUAUUUCAGCUGUUCCAUUUAAUGAACCUUCCAUUUAAUGAACUUCUAUAACAGAUGUGCUUAGCUUUUUAAAUAUUUUAGUUCUUGUUGUAUCAUUCCUAGCAGCUACUGAUGAAAAUAAAUGCAAAUUAUUAACAUCA